AUGCUCGUUCGAUGUAUGUAUAUAAUUGAAUUAACUGAAACCGAGGAUGGUGGCCUUGAACUUGUUGACCCAUCUUGGUCAAGUGAUCGAGAUAUGGAAACAGAAACAACAACUGAACCGGAUAUGAAUUUAAGCGAUAUUCAUUCAGAAUUCAGCGAAUAUUCAACUCUUUCUCGUAGCCCUGAAGAAGGUCCACCGAGGAAAAAAAUUAAAUCGCCACCAGUCAUAUCGCCAACUGCUUCAUCUACCAGUUUGUAUAGUGGUGGAAGUAGUUCAAUCGAUUGGACGACAACUGGUACUACGUUAGAUAUGCAAGGAACUCGGGUGACGAGAACGCAAUACGGCUUUCGUUCACUUCAAGAAUCUUCUGCGAAAAUGUGCUUAAAAGUUACGGGUUAUCCUUUGCCCGAGAUCACAUGGUACAAAGGUGAUGAAUUAUUGAAAGAAGACGAACGACAUACAUUUUAUUCUGAUGAAGAUGGCUUUUUUGCAUUAACCAUUGACCCGGUUAAAGUAGAGGAUACAGGACGUUACACCUGUAUGGCAACAAAUGAAUAUGGGCAAGCUUCAACUUCUGCAUUUUUCAGAGUACAUAGAGUAGAGAAAGAAACUGCUGCACCAGUUUUUAUAACUACACUCAAAGAUCACGAAAUAAAGGAAGGAGAAACAGUGUCUUUCGAAUGUGAGGUGGAAGGUUGGCCCGAACCAGAAUUGUUGUGGCUGAUCGAUGACCAGCCUUUACGGCCUUCUCAUGAUUUUAGAUUAGAAUAUGAUGGGCAAAAAGCUAAGUUAGAAAUACGCGAUGCUCAACCUGAGGACACUGGUAUUUAUAUUAUUAGAAUUAGAAAUGAAUACGGGUCUGCAGAAUCGAACGCUAAACUUACCGUGGAACCUGAUCCGGACAAAAAUCAUGUCGCCCCUGAUUUUCAAGCAACAAUUGAUGAUGUUGACUGCAAUGAAGGUGAUACCGUACGAUUCAAGGCCGUCAUUACCGGCGAUCCUACCCCAGACAUUGUGUGGAUGUUAAAUGGUAUAGCACUGUCUCAAUCAGAAAAAAUAAAAUUUAUUAGUGAAGAUGGUAUUUUAAUAUUGACAAUACACGACGUUUCAAGGCAUUUUGAUGGAAUUGUUACCUGUCAGGCUACGAACAGACUUGGAAUGCAAACUUGUGAUGCUCGCAUAAGAGUCCGAGUGCCACCAUCACCUCCACAGUUCAUUCGCCCUCUAGAAGAUCGAGUAACACAAGAAGGUGGAACGAUUACUUUAGAAACAGAAAUCAGUGGUUUUCCACGACCAAAAGUCUCGUUUAUGUUACAGAACAAAACUUUGGUUUCUGGCAUAAAUGGUGUAGAGAUAGCUGAUAAAAGUGAUGGAAUCUAUCGGAUCGAGAUAUCACAUGCAAAUCUUGUUAAGCAUGAUGGUGAAAUAAUUUGUACAGCAAUGAAUGAGCAUGGUCAAGCCGAAAGUCGUGCUCGAAUUAUCGUAGAGCCAAUUGAAGAAGAAUCAAAGUCGUCUCCCACAUUUUUAAAAGACCUUGAAGAUCAAACUGUGAAAAUAGGCGAAGUAGCGGUGUUUGAAACAGCAGUUGAUGGCACUCCAAAACCAGAAGUUAUUUGGUUCAUAGAUGGCGAACAGUUGACUAAGACAACUAUAGGUGCUAAAAUUGAAGUCAGUGAAAAUACUCAUAAACUUACUCUUGAUUCAAUGCAACAUGCAGGCGUAGUACUUUGCAAAGCAGAAAAUUCUGUUGGUCGGUGUGAAACAAGAGCAAAACUUAUAAUACUGGAUGAGAAAAGGAAAAAACCACAGUUUUUAAAGCACUUAACGGAGAUGGCGAUUGUUGAAGGUUCAAAUGCUAUUUUUGAGAUCGAAAUUGAAGCCGAACCAAAAGCAACGCUAAAUUGGACGUUGAGUGAGAAGAAUCUUAUCGAUAUGCCCAAUGUCCAAAUUCGAGAAUUUGAUAGUAACUACAAAGUAGAGAUAAGCAACGUCUCCCUCGAUCUAGCUGGGACUAUAAAGUGCAUAGCUGAAAAUUCAGAAGGAAGUUCGCAGUCAACUGGACAACUUAUAGUAAAAAAGAAACCUCAUGCACCAAAAUUCGAGAAAUGUCCAGAAAAUAUUAUUAUCCAACGAGGAUCUGAAGCCUAUUUUGAUGCUCGUGCAAAUGCUACCCCUGAGCCAAAAUAUCAAUGGUCAGUUGAAGGUCGCAAAGUUACUGAAAUGACCGACGGUGUGAAGAUUAUGUUAAAUCAAGGUGUAUCGACAUUGAUAAUUGACACAAACAAAUUUGGCUCCUCUACAGUUUCAGUAACUGCUGAAAAUGACUUGGGUUUUGACGAAACUAGUGCAUUGCUUAUUAUUGAAGAAAGUUCAUGGGUGAAUAUGGAGAAAUUAACAGAAAGGAAAAUUAGAAUUUUCGAAGAAACAGAUUCUAAUGUCGCACAAAUAUCGCAAAAUGGUGCUGCGGAAGAUAAAUUAAAAGUAGCAGAAAUUAAUAAAAUGAAUAUCAAAGAAUGUGAUGAAAACAAAAAACCAUUUAUUAUAAAGCCAUUACAAGAUCAAGCAGUUAAACUUGGUGAGAAUGCACAUUUUAGCGUCGAAAUUAAAUUGGCAGAUAAGGUGGAAUGGUUCAGCAAUGAAAGAAAAAUUUCUGCUGGUAUGCCAGGAGUUACAAUCAUUGCCAAUGAUAACUACGAAUUUCGACUGACCGUCGAUUCUGCUCAAUUUGCUGGAACUAUUGCAGUAAAAGCAGAAAAUUCUUUCGGCAUAGCUGAUUCUUCUGCUAAAUUAACCUUUAUUAGGGAAAUAAUGCUGCCAGAAUUCGUUACUCCCUUGGUUGAUACGAAUCUUGUGGAAGGUGAAACUUUGAAAAUGGUUGCUGAAACGUCAAAUGCUUCACAGUUUGAGUGGAGAAAAGGUGACAUUAUUUUGAAGCAUGGCGAAGAUGGUAUUAAAAUUAUUAGCAGUCUAAGCAAAACUAUUUUGGAAAUUGAUCAAGUUAAAUGUGAUAAUGAUGGUACAUUUAUUGUAUUAGCUAGCAAUGAAGCUGGGCAAGUUAGUUCAAUUGCUAGGCUAACGGUUACAAAAAAGAUCGAGCCAGCGAAAAUUGUGGAAGGGCCUAAAUCAGUGUCAAUCAAGGAAAUGGAAACUGCUGAAUUUGUCAUCAAAGUAACAGGAACACCGACUCCAAUAGUUCAGUGGAUGCUUAACACUCAAAUCGUAAAAGACAAUGAAAAUAUUUCUAUUAAAACCGAUGGCACAACACAUACGUUGAUUAUUGAUAAAGCUAUAUUACGACAAGCUGGUGAGAUUGUUGUCGUCGCGCAAAAUCCAGUAGGAACAGAUACUAAAUCUGCUAUACUGAAGAUUGAGCCUGACAUUACGAAACCAGUCUUUAAAAUACAUUUAAUUGAUCGAACAGUAAAUGAAGAAGAACCAUUGCGUUGGGAUGUAUCUUUGGAACAUCCAUACAAAGGAACAAGAGUCUCUUGGAUCUUAAAUGGUGAAGAACUUGUGGCAAGCGAUAAAGUACAAAUUGAAGAUCAUGGCGACGGUUCCUAUCACCUUACAAUCGCUGAUGCUAAACCAGGAAUGGCUGGUACGUUAGUCUGCAAGGCCGAAAACAGUCGUGGAGUAAGUGAAUCUCGUUCAACAUUGACCGUGACUGAGAUUGAUAAGCCACCGAAGUUCACGAAAUCACCACAGGAUCAUGAUACUAUUGAAGAAACAUCAGUGAAAUUUAGCGCUACAGUUACUGGGAAACCAAAACCAAAUGUGUCUUGGUUAUUAAAUAAUGUUAAGAUCGAUUCAUCUGAAGAAAUCAAAAUGAAAUAUGACGAAUCUACUGGUAAAACGUCAAUUAGAAUCAUGAAUCCGAAAGAAAGUCAUAGUGGAACGGUAACUGUACAAGCUGAGAAUCGCUUAGGCAAAGCAGAAGCUUCUUCAAAAUUGACUGUAACGAAGAAAAAUGAACCACCGAGAUUUAUCAAUGAUAUGAACAGUCGUCAGGUCGAUGAAGGCACAACUGUGAAAUUUAGUGUAACUGUAGCUGGGUAUCCGAAACCUGACGUUCAAUGGUUCCUUCAUGGAAAAUCGAUUGAGCAAAAUGAUUCAAUGCAAAUUACUGUGGAGAACGAUAUACAUACUCUUAUAAUGAAGGAUGUUGUUCCCGAACAAACAGGCGAAAUAUGUUGUGAGGCAAAAAAUGCAGUUGGAUCAAAAAAACAGUUCGCAUCUCUGGCAGUGAAAAUGAUUGGAUCGGCUCCGAUUUUUGAAAAGAAUCUUGAGGAUCGUUUGGUUCGUGAAGGCGAGGAAAUCAUCAUGGAGGCUGUGCUUUCCGAGAUUAAACCGAAGCCAUCGGUUGUUUGGCUGCGUGAUGGAAAGCUUUUGGCUGAUGAACGCUUCCUAACUAAUAUUAUUAAUGAAAAAAAGUUUCAAUUAAAAGUCUUAUCAGCUACUAUGGACGAUAAGUCGCGGAUAACAAUCCGAGCCGAAAAUCAGUUUGGAAUAGCUGAAUGUUCUGCUUCCAUUGGGGUCCAAAAACAAAGGCCAAUGGCUAAACCUAAUUUUUUGUCCGAUAUUGCUCCAGUGAAUAUCAGCGAGGGUGAAACGCUAGAAACCAAAGUUCUAAUUACUGGAGAUCCAACUCCAUUCGCCAAAUGGUAUAUUAAUGAUCAGCUAGUUUGUGCCACUGAAGAUACGCAGAUGAAAGCUGAAAAUGGUAUAUACACAUUGAUUAUACAUGGUGCAACCAAGGAUAUGACCGGCACUAUCAAAUGUACUGCCUAUAAUAAAGCAGGUGAAGUAAGCACUCAAGGACCAAUAUCUGUAGUUGCUCCAAUUCCAGUUGAAUUUGAAACGGUAUUGUAUGUUAAUGGAAAACAGCUGGAAGAAAGUCAAAAUAUUAAAAUCCAUGCUGAAAAGGGAACUUAUACGGUGACUAUUAAAGAUAUUACGUGCGAUUAUUCUGGAAAGGUCGUUUGUGAAGCAGUUAAUGAAUACGGUAGAGCUUCGUCUGAAGCUAUGCUUUUAGUUCUUCCCAGAGGUGAACCACCAGAUUUCAUCGAAUGGCUAAGUAAUAUUAAAGCUCGGCCAGGCUCACGCGUCACCCAUAAAGUUGUUUUUACUGGUGAUCCAAAGCCUAAUCUCCUGUGGUACAUUAACGGUGAAGAAAUGAAAAAUGAUGAAGAGAUAAGUAUAAUAACUACUGACAACACUUCCACCUUAAUAAUAAAAAGUUUCGAUGCAGAGAAGCAUAUUGGAGAAAUUAUUUGUAAAGCAGAAAAUGAUGCAGGAGAAGUUUCUUGUACUGCAAGCAUGGCUGCUUACACUUCCGAUAUGUUCUCGGAAUCGGAAUCUGAUGCAAUGGCUGAUGAAACACUUGAAGUUGAUGAUUUUCUCGGUAGGGUAGAGAACGAUGAAACAUUGAUUGAAGAAAGCGAGCGAACUGUAACACCAGUAAUGGCACCGAAAUUCAUCAAGAAAAUAAAGGAUACUAGAACUUCUAGAGGGCAUCAGGCUAUUUUUGAAUGUAUCGUUCCAGAUACAAAGGGUGAUGGGAAGGAAAUAGAAUUAAUAGCAAGAAUUCGCGUACAGACUCGAAUAAUUGAAGGAUUUUUGGCUAGUGAACUUAUUAUCGAUGAAGUGGAGCUUGAAGAUGCUGGCAAAUAUACUGUCGUAGUUGAAAAUGCUGCUGGAAUGGAGAGAUGCGAGGCUAUGCUUAAUGUCUAUGGUGAUAACUCAAUUUUGUCUCAUGUUGAUGGUUUCCGAAUUGGUCAGCAAUUUGAUUAUGCGCUUGUGAUUUUACUGGUGCCAGUUGUUGAGGAAACAUUUCGGACGAUCAUUGAAUCAGAAGGAAGUGUGCAACGUUUGACUAUUCCAUCAGUGGAAUUCGAUAACAAAGGACGAUAUAUUUGUAUUGCUGAAAAUAUCGUUGGAAGGGCACAAUCUGAAGCUACUCUAACUGUACAAGCAGAAGCCCCUAAAUUUAUACGAGCUGUAACUGAUAAGGCAAUUAAUCUUGGUGAAAAACUAGUCAUUGAAUGCGCCGUUAAAGGAUUGCCACAGCCAUUAGUACAAUUUUUUUCUGGUACUACGAGAUUAACAUCAAAUAGUCGGAUUUCAAUCGAACAUGAUGCAACCAAUGUUAAUUGGAGAAUGGUAAUUAACUCGGCAGAGGAGAAUGAUUUUACUACAUAUCGUGUUUUGGCAACAAAUACUGUUGGUACAGUCGAAGGUGAAGCUGUCGUUCGCCAAAAAGAUCGUAAAAGUGGUCCAAUUAUUGAACAAGGUAUGAAAAACCAAAAAGUAGUAGAAGGUGAUGAAAUUAAGAUUUUUGGUCAACCUAUGCCUGAGACGAAAUGUUUUAAAAAUGGCGAAAUAACUUCUGAAGUAGAAAAGAAAAUUGAAAUUAAAAAAACCAGAGACGGUCAACAUACAUUGACUGUGAAAAAAAUUUCAGCCGCUGAUUCAGGCUGUUAUUCAAUUGAAGUAGUAAAUAGUGAAGACAAAAAGACGAGCGAUGGUAAUAUCACAGUGGUCCAAUGUGUUGAGGCGCCGGAUUUCAUUGAGGGCCUUUCUGAUUUAAGAAUUGUAGAAGCAGAGAAUGCUGAAUUAAACAUAACCGUAUUGGGCAUACCUGAGCCCGAGGUUGAAUGGUUCAAAAAUGGAGCUCCUCUUAACAUCGAUGGUUCUCAUUUAAUUGAAAAGAGAGACAAAAAUGGGCAGUACAAACUUAUCAUUCACAACGCUCGAGUAGAAGAUGCUGGAAGUUAUUCAUGCCAUGCACAAAAUAAAGCUGGAAAAGCUGAAAGUGCAGCUAAAAUCGCUGUUGAAGAAUUCCAGCAAAUGCCACAGUUUGAUGAAGAGUUGAAAGAAAUUUCUGUUCAUGAGACAGAAAGUGCUGAACUUUUGGUAACUGUUUCAGGCUAUCCAGAACCUGAAGUGCUAUGGCUCAAGGAUAAUCUGCCCGUGAAUAUUGAUAAUAUUCAUCUUAUAACUAAAAAAAGUGAUGAUGGCAAGCAUAAAUUGAUAAUUAAUAAAGCACUCCUCGAAGAUGCUGGUACCUAUUCAUGUAAAGCUGUAAAUAAGGCUGGAUCCAUAGAAUCUGAAGCCAAAUUUGUGGUAGUUUCAGAUAUCAUCUCUCCAGAGUUCGUAGAAAAACUGCGCGAAAUUGAAGUAUCACAAGGCGAUAGAGUGGAGAUGUCAUGUGCUAUUAUUGGAUCGCCUUUACCUGAAGUAAUUUGGUUAAAAGAUGGUGUUGAAGUGCUAUUUGAUAAUAAUCAUAUUUUCAAAAGAGCCGAUAAAAAUGGCAAACAGACUCUCAUAAUAACACAGAUGACUAGCGAAGAUGUUGGUGCAUAUUCUUGCAUAGCAAUAAAUACUGCAGGCAAGGCUGUAACCUCAGGAAAAUUGAAUUUCCCGCAGUAUGGCUCAGAGAAAAUGAAGGAAGAAGGAAUCCCUUUGUUCAUUGAGCCUUCAUUACCAUAUAGUGUUGCUGAGGGCGAAACAGUAACCAUAGAAUGUAAAGUAAACGAGGAAUCUAAACCUGAAGUAAAAUGGUAUAGAGAAAAUGAACCCACUGAAACAAAUGAACAUAGGAUUAUGGAGGAGAUUCAAGGAGAUUUACUAAAAUUAACUGUAUUGAAUGCAACAAAAGAGGAUGUAGGGUACUAUCGUUGCGAACCGAUCAGUGCCUCGGGUCAAGCUAAAACGGAGGCUAAACUCGACAUGUAUUAUGGUGCAACUGCUGAAGAAGUAAAAGAAGAUGAGACAAUGACGAUAAGAUUCAUUGCUGCCUUGCACGAUGAAGUGGUUCAAGAAGGAGAAAUAGUUAAAUUUAAGUGCAUUAUCGAUAAGCCAGAUAUGGGCAUCAAAACUGAGUGGCAUAAAGAUGAUAAGAUUAUUGAUAAGAGUAUUCCAUCUGAGAUUCAAAUUACAAGCCAAAUUGAUGGCACACAGCAGUUAACAUUGGAAAAAGCAAAAGUAGAAGAUGCUGGCAUCUAUAAAUGUAUUGCAACACAAGGCGAUGUAACUAUUUCAACAGAAUGCAAAUUAUCUGUUUCAGAAAGAACUGUUACAUUAGAAGAAGAUAGUCGACCGCCGGAAUUUAUCGAGUUAAUGCGAUCUUGUACAACCAUAGAAAAAAAUGAAGCCAUUUUUCGAUGUAAAGUUAAAGGAAAACCGCGACCCAAAAUAACAUGGACAAAAGAUGGACAAGAGAUUAUUAUGGAAAGAAGGGUAAAAACUGAAUGUAAAGAUGAUGGUACAUUGAUUCUACGAAUCAGUGAUGUUCGUAUAAGCGAUAUAGCCGAAUAUCGUUGUGAUGCAACUAAUGAAUUUGGAAGUGCAUGGACCGUUGCACCAUUAACUGUAACAGCUGAAGGGGCACCACCUGAUCAUGGAAAAGCUCCAGAUUUCAUCGAACCGAUUCGUCCCAUUUCGGUUAUUGAAGGAAGCACGGCGAUUCUCGUCGGGAGAGUUACUGGGGAGCCACAACCGAUCGUAACAUGGCACAAAGGUGAAGUGCUAUUAAAAAGUGAUGAUAGGAUCCAGAUUGAAAGUUUACAGGGCGGUAUACAGAGAUUAAUAAUUCAAAAUGCGAUUUUAAACGAUACAGACGAAUAUCGUUGUUCAGCAUUUAAUGAAUAUGGUGAUGUAUGGUGCGAUGUAACUUUGACGGUGCAAGUGCCUUCAACGACUGAAAUGGAACCGAAAGAAAUGGCAGCACCGACAUUUUUAAAAACUCUUGAAGAACAAAGUGUUGAAGAAGGCGAACAUGUCUGUCUAGAGUGCAAAAUUGUUGCCGAACCUAUGCCUCAAGUGAAAUGGUAUAAGGUAAGUUUCUUGCUCUAA